AUGAUUUUUAAAUAUAAGGCCUACCUGGAAAUGGGAUUGGCCCUGCAUGGAUGCGGGGCUCGCACGUUGCAGGCGGAGACAGGGGUGCGGGCAGAGGCGGUGCGGGAAGAGGCCCUGCGGGCAGAGGCGGACAGCGACGCGCUGAGAGGCAAAGCAGCUCGGUCAAGGUCACGGGCGGAGGGGUCUGGCUCCGGAGCCGGGCCCUGGCUACUGUCUGAUCAGCAACACUUCCAUAUUCAUGUGAGGUCCUCACCGAGGGAAUCCGGGCGGGCAAAGUUCCAGAUGCAGCUACUGAAGACUGGGCUCUGGAGCGAAGAUGAUAGACAUGGUGCAGAGCCUCAGUUGGACUACGAUGACUCACCGGUGUGUGAACUGCUGCGAAAGGGGCGUCGUGGGCCAGCCUGCACGUCAUCGCCCCACUCAUCUCAGCCCGCCGUGACCUGGCGCUUGCACUGCCGCGUUUCUCAAGCUGACCUGCCCAAAGUUCACCAAGGACUUACCCAACUCAUUCUCUCUCCAAAUUUUGACAUUAUUGAUAAAUCUUUUUUUCUUGAAACUUCUUUUUCUCUUAGAUGUUACAAUAUUUCAGUAUUAAUUACAUGUCUACUAUAUACUCACCCUGUGCUUUAGACAUGUAACAAUAAAAGUUUUCAUUUAUAAGCA